AUGCAACCUUCAAGAGACGAGAAUCCCUCAACAAGCACUAGAGACGUGGCUAGAGAAGUGCAAGUAUCAAAAACUAAAGUGUGGCAAACGCUGCGUGAUGAGGGGUUGUAUCCGUUUCACGUCCAACGUGUACAAGCUCUUCAACCUGACGAUUUUCCAGCAAGAGUGCGGUUUUGUCAGUGGUUGUUGCAUCAACAUGACAAUAAUCCGGACUUUUUGAAGUGCAUAUUGGUGACAGACGAAUCUACGUUCACGCGUAAUGGGGUGAAUAACUUUCGCAACACUCAUGUUUGGUCAGUAGAAAAUCCGCAGGCUGUCCGUCGGUGA